GCAAUGACUGAACAGUCCCUACACGUUUAACUUCCUUAGUGCAUGUGAAGAAUCGCGUGGUUAAAAUAUACAUUUAUAAAAACUUUGCCUAUUCUUGCUGUAAUUCAGUUUUAUUCCAAGUCUAAUUUAAUUUUCAAUUUAUUUAUUGUAAAAAUAUAAUUAUAUAAUCUUAUAAAAAUGCGUUACUUGAGUGCUUACCUGUUAUCUACUCUUGGUGGUAAUUCUAGCCCAUCUAUCAAUGAUCUCUCUGGCAUAUUAAGUGCAGUCGGUAUCGAAGUAGAUAAAGAGAGAGCCGAAAAAGUUAUUAAAGAACUUGCUGGCAAAAACCUCCAAGAAUUGAUCGCUGCAGGUUCAGCCAAGCUUGCUUCAGUGCCUUCUGGAGGUGGUGGUGGUGCCGCCGCCGCUGCUAGCUCUGGUGACAGUGGAGCUGCUAAGGGUGGCUCACCAGCUAAAGAAGCUAAAGAAGAGAAGAAAGAAGAGGAAGAAGAAGAAGAUGACGACAUGGGCUUCGGUCUUUUUGAUUAGACGAAUAUUUAAAUUUUUGAUUUAAAAUUGAAAUAAACAAAAUUUUCUCUAUA